UGUAAUCACGACGGGUCUCUCCUUUUUUUUCGCAAUGGUAUAAGGUGGGAUGUUCGCGAAAGGACAGCGCGUAUCAACUGCCAAUGAGGGAGGCCUUACUUCUGCGGCUGCCUUUCUCUUUGCCUUCGUGCCUCGGCUCAGUUUUCACGGCAGCUUCAUCCAAGAACCACAUGCAGAAUGUCUUGAAGACACGCGGCGAAACGUGUAUUCCUUUCUGUUCUUCUCUCUCUCAUCCUUUCCGUUUUUCUGUAUGGUGGAAAAAAAGGACAACCCGCUCGGUGGCGAACAUGUAACCCUGAGGAUACCAGCAGUGCAUCCUUGAAGAACGUCACAACGACCUUCGUGCUUUUGAGAAUUGUCGGGCAAAGCGAGGGAUUAAAAUGUUAUCGCCGCUAUUGCUAUUGGGCACGGUCGUGUCCAUAAUGGGUGGCUACGUGCCACCCGGACCGAGGUUCAGGUGCCCGAAAGACGCGAUUUACAUUUACCCCUGCACUUGUCUUCGGGGUAGUGACAGAGGAUUAUACAUACGCUGUGAGAAUACAAAUCUGGCCAGUCUCAGCCUAGCCUUCACGAAUCUGGGAAACGAGGGCAUGCCGAUCGAGGAACUGGUUCUGUAUAAAUGUAACAUAGUACGAUUUUAUGGCCCCGCUCUGUAUCCGUUGGACGUGCGAGUGCUCAAGUUCGUCGACACGCCGCUGAGAGUGAUCGAAGAGCACAGCUUCCUCGGCGUGAACCGAACUCUUCAGGAGCUCUACGUGAUAAACAGCAAUCUAGAAAAAUUUCCACGCGAGGCACUGCAGGUCCUUGGCAAUCUCAGUCAGUUAAGCAUCACGGGGCAUCGGAUGUCUACCUUGCCGGGAAAUAGUUUCGGUGAAAGCGCGGUGGCUGCGAAGAUGGAAAAAUUGGAGAUUAGUAACGGGACGCUCUCCUCUUUGCCUGUGGAAGCACUAACGCCAUUAAAAAAACUGAAAGCUCUUGAUCUUCACGGCAACAAGAUAAAGGAUUUGAAGAGGAAUCAGUUCAAAGGUCUAAGGGACACCGAAUUCUUGGACAUCUCUCAUAAUUUAAUCGACAAAUUAGACGCGUCUCAUUUGGCCGAUCUCGUCAAAAUGGGAUGGUGCAACAUGUCGCAUAAUGCUAUUGCCGACUUGAAAAGAGGAACCUUUGCCCGAAAUUCCGUCUUGAAGGUCUUGAAUUUGAGCCACAACAAGAUCAGAAAACUCGAUUCGAACACAUUUCGCGGCAUGCGUUUUCUCAGACGAUUGUACUUGAGUGACAAUCAGAUCGACGAUGUAGGUCGUGGAACUUUCAGUUCCAUCACCAGGAUCGGCACCAUCGAUCUCUCUCGGAAUUUCAUUAAGAAAAUCGACUUCCAAAUGUUUAAUCAGCUGCAAUUUGCCGAGCUUUUAGACGUUUCCGAGAAUUUCGUGACGGUCGUGGAGAAACUGGCGUUCAAAGAUAUCUAUCUGGCGAAAGUGAAUCUGUCUCACAACGAAAUUUCGAAAAUUGAGCCGGUCGCUUUCGAAAAUUGCGCAAAUAUCACGUUAUUAGAUCUCAGCCACAAUAAGCUCGAAAAUAUCUCGAAAUAUUCUUUCGACAGUGCGUCGUACGCUAUGGAGUUACAACUUAGUUAUAAUCUAAUCACGUCUCUAAAUCAGAUACCAAUGCACAACAUGACGGGGCUAAAAAUAUUAAACGUUUCCCACAACCUGAUACACUCCGUUCCGCGACAGACUUUUCCAAAGCUGUACGAGCUCCACACGAUCGACAUCUCGCACAAUAACUUGUCCGAGAUUCAUAACGCCGUAUUUCAGACGCUCUUCAGCUUACGGUUCUUGAACUUGUCGCAUAAUUCUCUGGAGAAGAUAAAACCAUCGACGUUCGGGCCGCUGCCGACCCUUCUGGAACUCGACAUGAGUUAUAAUCAGCUAAACGACGUUGCGCGCAGUAGUCUCACUAGAUUGGCCAGCUGCAGGAGCUUAACGGUGAAAAAUAAUCGUCUGACGAAAAUUUUCCAAUUACCAAUUUCCCUGGGCUACUUGGACUUUUCGGAGAACCUACUGGAAGAGAUCCCGACUACCGACGUCUGGCCUGCAAUGAAUGCGCUACUCUCGCUGGACCUUUCGCGGAAUCGGCUGGGCGAUAACCUGCAAGAAGGGAGCUUCGAAAACCUGCUAACCUUGAGAAUCUUAAACCUGCAAGCGAAUAACAUCACAAAGCCGCCCUGGCAAGCGCUUGGCGGUCUGAGCAGCCUGCAGUAUCUUUAUCUACAAGAUAAUCACUUGACGAAACUGGAAAAAGCCGCCUUCGGCCGUCUACCGAUAGUAUUCGAACUUAACUUGGCGAACAAUGAGAUAAAGAACGUAACGAGAAGGGCGUUCGAGGGACUAUUGCAGCUACUGACGCUGAACCUGACGAACAACAACAUCGGCCACAUACCGAACGGCGCGUUUCAGGGUCUGGUGUCUCUACGAACCCUCGAUCUAUCGCACAAUAGAUUGGAGAAGCUGGAUAAUAAAACUCAUGGAUUGCUCGACGAUUGUCUGUCCCUGGAAAGGCUCAACCUUAGCCAUAACAAAAUAUCGUUUAUUACUCGGAAGACCCUGCCGAACGAUCCCUGGAUUCCUUACAGGCUGAAGGAAGUCGACUUGUCCUACAAUACAAUGCCGGUCGUUACCUUCGAGUUCAUCGCCGGUGCUAAGAAGAUUCAGUACUUGAAUCUCUCUCAUAAUAACAUUAAUGAGAUCAGGAGAUAUGUAAUCGGGAAUUUAACGGCUUUGCAGACUUUGGAUCUGUCGCACAAUGACAUAAGUGACAUGUCCGAGCAAGAUGUUUUUCUACCGCCGUUAAAUUUAACCAACUUGCACUUGAGUAACAAUCAUUUAAGCCACGUGCCUCUCGACAGGAUUCUACCGCUGCCGAAUUUGAAGGUUCUCGAUCUGGAGGCGAACGAGAUCGGCGUUUUUGAUGAGAGGUUCAUGAAGAUUAUCAAGAAUGGCACAGUGCUCAAAUACUCUGGGAAUCCCAUGCACUGCGAUUGUCAUGCGCGACCAUUGAAAAGGUGGUUAAAGGCUCAAACGCAACUUCCGUCGGAAUGGUCAACCGUGAUGUGCAAGAGUCCGAAGUACCUCACAAAUAAAUUUAUCUCGGAGGUAACCGAGGAUCUUAUGAACUGCGGCGAGAGAGACAUUCAGGAGGAGCCCGAACUCGACAUCACGCCUGAUGUGAAAUAUCGAAGCAUUGACUACAACACCGAGGAUAAGAGUUGGAAAGCGACGUGGUACGUGACGUCGCGCGAAGACAUCGGCGACUUCUACGUGGUGGUUCGAGAAUCCGGCAGCAGCAAAUCCAUGAUCGAGAAGGACGUCGUUUACAGCGAGCGAUCCUUCAGGAUCCACGAUUUGAAGGAGUCGAGCACGAAAUUCGAGCUCUGCGUGCUAGCGCGCGACUCCGAGGGUAACGUCAAGCACUAUAGAAAUUCGCAGUGUCAGAUUUUGAAUCAGCAUGACCUCAGCUCGUGCGUCAGCCUCAGGGCGAACCUGUACUUCGUGAUAGUCGCCGCUUCCUCCUGCAUCCUUAUGAGAUUUCGUUAACCUGCCGAAACUAGUAUCCACAAUACUUAGGAAGCGCUAGCUUGAGUUCCGUGAGAAUGGUAAAACGAACAAACGAGGAAGUGUCUUCAAGUAUCGUUAACUAAUGAAAUAUUUCCUUUUUUAGACUUUCAUCUAUGUCGCGUUGAAGCGCGAAGAAAGCGAUGUGAUUGUACAAUAAAUUAAUAUAUUCCUUGAAAAAAAAAAGGGUGAUACACUGUGUGCGUUGUACAUAGAUCGUAUUGUAUUUUACUCGGAAGUAGGGACGUUGAGCGUCGUGUAUUUAUUUUUGUAAAUUGUAAAAUAUAUAUACCUUGUACAAGUCA